GUCUGCGAGGCGCGCGCGGGCGGACAGGCGAACGGGCGGCGGUAGGGCUCGGCUCCCGCUUGCGGUCCGGGUGGGCUCCUGCGGAACUCCUGCGAGAGGUGACCCACUACUUGGGCAUGGGACACCGGCCCCUUCCCCACUUCCUGUGAUUGAGCCAGCGGCCGGGGUUACUGUGGGGAUGCCUGUCCAUCACCAGAAGUCAGACUCUUGGGAGAUGGACCCUGACUUGUUGCCCGGCUGCAGGCUCAGUGGCCUGAGCAGAGGGGGCAGUCUGGAGAGUCGGGCCAGCAGCUCUCGUUCCAGAAGUCUCACUCGGGAUGAUGAGAGCCUGAAGUACCUCACACAUGAGGAAAAGGACGUCCUCCUGUUUUUUGAAGAGACGAUUGAUUCCCUGGAAGACGACUUUGAGGAACAGGUGCUGUGUGAUGGUGAUGCUCAGUGCCACUCUCCGCGGUCUCUGGAAGAGAGCACUUCUGGUCCCUCCGAGCCAGAGGACGUAGUGGACUUAGUGCAGCUGGGCCCUGGAGCCGGGGAACCCGAGAGCCUUCAGGAUGUGACGGAGGCAGCAGGGGCUGGUGCUGUUGGAAAGGAAGACACUGCUGUCCUCAGGAAAGAGGAUGCUGAGAAGUCUCCCCCUCCAGACGCCCCAGGUCCCGAGGCCCUGCCCCUGCCGCCUCCCAGCCCUGUCCCCGCAGCAGCCCCGGCCCACCCCGGGAGAGAGCCCCCUCCUACUCCAGCAGAGCACCCCAAACUGGCCCGCUCGGUCCCCACUCCGCUCGUCCUCGCCCAGAAGAUGUCUGAGAAGCUGGCAGGGAACGAAGGGCUCUCGCCCACAUCCCCGUCCAAAGAGGGCAGGCCUGCAGGAUGGAGGACGCUGACUUCCGUGGCCCCUCGACACGGAGACCACUCGCUGUGGCACAGACACGCCGCACAGCCGGCGCCCAAGAUCCAUCGCUUCCCGAGCAACAUCAGCGUGACCAACAGCGCGGGGAAGGACUUCAAUAAGACCAUCUCCAAGGCCGCGGUCAACGUGCAGGAGCGCAAAGCCCAGGUCCUGGCCAACAUCAAUGGGGUCUCCUUCCUCUCCGUGGGGGAGACGGAGGACCGGGCCCAGAGGAGCGAGCCCACCGAGCAGAGGAGAAGCAUCUCCCCGGAACAGAGCCAGCCGGCCCCGGCCCGGGAGGCUGUUCCCGCGCGGGCAGGGGCGCACGGCGGCCAGCAGUCCAGAGGCGUGCAGACGGAACAGCCCUUACCGAUGGCCAACGGCUUCCAGAGCCUCCACGACAUCCUCAAGAGCCAUCCCGGGCCCUUUGUCUCUACAGGGAAGACGGUCACCUUCCGUCCGGACCCGGCUCUCCCCAGCAAACUUGCACCCCGGCAGCCGGACUGCGGCCAGGACGCCAGGAAGCGGUCGGGCUCGCUCCCCCGGGCUGUGGGGUUCAGACCCCAGGGCAUCACUGUCCAGUUCUCGGGCCGGGGCUCCACGGAGGAGGCCCGUCGGGAGGCCCUGCGGAAGCUCGGCCUCCUGAAGGAGAACUUGUGACGGAAAGUGGGCGGCGCUGGGGGAGUUAGGGUGACCAGGUACGUGUGGCCGAACGUGGAUGUGCGCAUGCGCACAGCACAGACCAAAGCCCGGACUGCGGAACCCCGUGGAGGACCAGCGAUGGGGGCCCGGGAGUCAGCCGACUGUCUACCCCGCUCUGGCCCGCAUCCGAGCUGGGACAUCCUUCCGAACGAGAGCAUCCCGCACCACAUCUUCCCGUUUCCAAGAGCUCGGAGAAUAACCUUGAACACCUACAGGUUUCAAUGAUUUGUAAAUGCCAUAUGUUUUUUGGAUCUAGGAGGAGGGGGAUUGGGUUUGAAUUUUCUGUUAUUGAGUCUCUAAUCUAAACUUUUAUCCGAAGUGCAUGACACGAAAGCCAGUUUAGAUCUCUCAUACUCGUAUCUCUAAGAAAGGGACCAUCCCCUCCUUUCCAAGAAAAUAAAGACGUGCUUGUUCAAUUUUCA